GUUGAUAAGAACGUAGAAGGGUAAGGCCAUGAUAUCAAUUGAUCAACCAGCUACCAACUGUUGUGUAAGCAGUAUAAACAUGGAUACGGUUAUGGAGUGAUUAUGUAUUCCAACCAGCAAGAAUAUGGCUAAUAUAAAUACAUAUUUACGGCAAUUACAUUUAAAUAAUCAUGCUCGCCAAUUUUGUACGAAAGUCAAUUCUAACCUUACAUCCAAAUCACCCAUUCAAAGCGAUAGAGAUCUAAUAGGACCGCCUGAUUCAAUCUCCAACUUGAGGCCAAUUAUUUUUGCAAAAUCUGACAGAGAAACGGAACUGGAAAAAAAAUACAGAGAAACUCGCGAGGCUACUCAAGAAUGGAAUCAACGAUUUUGGACAAAACACAAUACCAAUUUCUCACAUGAACGUAAGCAAUUCAAGGAAUUACUGAAAAAGGAAGGGAACAAUUCUGUGAGUGCUGACGAAAUGUCUGUGUUUUAUAAACAAUUUCUUGAUAAGAAUUGGCAGAGUCAUUUAAAUUAUAAUAUUGCAUGGUAUAAAAAGAAUCUUCACUUGUUGCUCUUAGAAUUCAGGGAAUGGAUGAUGGGGAAUCCUGUGGCAUCUCCUCAAGGGAUGGCAGUUGGUGCAACCUUAGUAAAGGCAUUCAGGCCGAAUUUUUAACGUGUUCCUCAUCGUCUGACGUAUCGAAAUCAGACAGCGAAGAUGGACGAAUGAUUAAGGAGUCAAUUAAUAAUGAAUUAUCCAGCAAUACUAGUCUCGAAGAACCUUGCUAUUCUAUGAAUAUGACACUGAAGGAUUUUGAACAGGAUUAUUCUAACGACAGAGGAACAUCUAACGUUUCUAAGUUAUCAUUAAUUCGGAAUGAGAUUUCGAGGAUUUGUACCAGUUAUUUGAACUGGGGUAUCCUUUUAAGUUUUGGUAUUGGAUUGUGGGCUUCUUUGUGUAUCGCUGAUACGAUUCAGACGAGUUCUUUUACAAAUAAGGAAAGAUGGAUUGCUGAUGUAAUCGGUACCAAGAAAAUUACUGCUAAUGCAGAAACAGUUAAGAGCCAACCUUCUCGUGUUUGGUGGUUAUUUUAUCUUUGGAAUUACAUCUGGAAAUUUAUCGUAUCCAGUAGAAUCUUUGAGAUUUUACUGCUCGUGAUGCUUGUCACUUUGGCGUUUUACGUCGAACGUUAUUUUCAAAAGAAGUUUGGAUAUUCUAAGAGUGCCUAUGCACACUAUUUCUAUGAUUUUCUUCGGUUGAGUACUGAACCUAUAAGAUCGGAGGAUGACGGUCCAAUAAUUCAUAUUAUGGAAGAAGAUAUUCUACAAAAUGAUAAAAAAGAUAUGGAUUUAAUUGGGAGAUUUACAAGAAAGAUAAAUAUGAUCUACAAGUGCAGCUGGAAAAGAGAAAUUUUUUCGAAUUUGUGGCAAGUCAUACAACGUGUUACGUAUCGUGAUUUGUCAAUUGAAAGAUCCAUGAUUUCGAUAAACGAUCAAUGUUUAUCAUGGAAUUCUGAUUUUAACAAUCUGAAAUCAAUGAAUGUUAUAGAAAGUGAUAACAGUAGCGAGGAUGAAUGCCAUUUGCCAAACUCUUGUGAUUCUGAAAUUGAAUUUAUUUCUGAACGGAGUAGUAACUCGAUAUGGCGACAAUUUAAUAACGAUAAUUUUCACGUGUCCCAAAAUGAUUUUCACGUGUCCGAAAAAUUAUUUUUCAAUUCAGAAUAUUUAAGUUCAUAUCGUACUGAAGAUACGGUGAAUACCUUCGAUUUGGAGAUUGAAAAAUAUUUGAAAAAUCAGUCAAUAUUCUCCACGGGCACUUUUCAAAGGUUGGGAAGAAACGAUGGCGGCUCUAAAGAUUUGUGUGCCAAAAAUAUCAAUUCGAACGAUCACACUGUAAAUGGUGGUAUGGUUACUUCUUCGCCGGCAUUUAGAAACUUUUUAUUCAAUUUAGAACACGAUCAAAUGUCUUAU